AUUACAGCGAAAAUGAACUGCGUCGGAUGCCAGAGCAUGAACUAAAGAACAGAUAGUAGCUACUGGAAGUGAGACCUUCAACUCAUCUCAUAACGAUGAAGAACCGGCCGCGGUGAGCAAGCAACCGGCCGCACACGGUGCCCUCAAGAUCGCGCAACUUUAUCGCGCAACUGAGCCAUGUUGCAUUUAGGGGUGUCUGUAUUGUGCUCUUCUAGUUCGUGGCAAAUGAGCCUUAUGCAUGGUUGAGCUUUAGAGAAGCUGACUAUUUCAGAGUGGCCUCGGUCAGAGGCUCUGGAUAAAAUGAUGACGGCAAUACGCGGGCUCCGGCGAGAGGCAGGGAUCGAAUCUUUGGGUCGUCCGCGAAUCACUCUUUGAGGGUGCCAAAGCUCAGUUAAAACUUUGCGAGUGUUGAAGAACUCUUUGGGGCUUCCACUCCGUCUUGGCUGGAAUGGUGAUCCAUGUGUUCCCCGACAACAUCCUUGGAGUGGAGUGGACUGCCAGUUCGACGGAGUUAGUGGCAAAUGGAACAUAGAUGGAUUGGUGUGUUCAGUUAUGUUUGGUUCUCUCCACCAAAGAAGAAGGUUCACAGGAUACUCAAUGGCAUCAAUGGAAUCAUCAAGCCAUUGAGAAUGACGCUACUUCUAGGACCACCAGCUUCAGGAAAAACAACGCUUUUGUUAUCUUUGGCUGGGAAGCUUGACAAACAACUAAGAUUGUUUGAAGAAACCAAGGAGGGUACACUACCAAAAAAAAUUGCUAUUUAUCAGAUUGCAAAUAAAGAGGUUAUAAUUAUAUGCAAUCAUCAGCUCAGUGUUUCAAAGUCUCAUGAUGCUCAGAUGUCAAGAUUGAAUGAGAAAAUAGACGAGUUAAAGGCACAAAAGGAGGAGUUGCAAGUGGAUUUGAGCAGGCCAAGAAAAGGAAAGCCUACACUUAAGCAAAAGAAGAACUUGUCCCCUGAAGUGAGAGAAAUGAGAGGCUUUUCUACAAGCUUCUAAUAGAUAACGUUGAAGAGUUGCUUCCUGUUGUUUACACACCUACAGUUGGCGAGGCUUGCCAGAAGUAUGGUUGCAAUGCAUCUUUAGGCGACCACAAGGUCUUUAUUAUAUCAGUUUGAAGGAGAAGGGAAAGGGUCUUGAGGUGUUGAAGAAUUGGCCUGAGAGGAGCAUUCAGGUUAUUGUGGUUACUGAUGGUGAGCGCAUUUUGGGGCUUGGAGAUCUUGGAUGUCAGG